AUGGAAAAAGACUACUAUGAGUUACUUGGUGUUGAUAAAAACGCCAAUGUUGAUGAAAUAAAAAAAUCGUAUAAAAAAUUAGCAUUGAAAUACCAUCCUGAUAGAAAUCCCGGCAACAAAGAAGCAGAAGAAAAGUUUAAAGAAAUAACAGCUGCAUAUGAAGUUUUAUCGGAUUCUAAUAGAAGGGCUAGAUAUGAUAACUGUGGAAAUGCAGGUGCUGAUGGUGGAUUUGAUUUUAAUCAAGGUUUUAGUUCUGCGGGGGAUUUUAGUGAUAUAUUUAAUGAUUUUUUUGGUGGGGGUUUUGGUAAUAGACCUCGUACGAAAGGGAAUACAGAAAAUCAAGGAACCCCAGGUGCAGACUUGCGCUAUGAUCUGAAAAUUACUCUAGAGGAUGCGUUUCAAGGCAUGCAAGUUCCCGUACAUUAUGUAACGAAUGUGAGGUGUGAUUUAUGUCAAGGUGUAGGAAGUGAGGGGGCAAUCAAACCAGUGCAAUGUAGCACAUGCCAAGGUAGUGGCAGAGUGAGAAGUCAACAAGGUUUUUUCACUAUAGAAAGAACAUGUCACACGUGUUAUGGUGAGGGGAAAAUAAUACAUAAUAAAUGCAAAAAAUGUGCUGGCAAUGGGCGUAGAAGAGAUGAAGUGAACAUAUCAGUUUCAAUUCCAAAAGGUGUAGAAGAUGGCGCCAAAGUAAAAGUCAGUGACAAAGGAGAAGCUGGAGCAAGAGGGGGUAAGAACGGGAAUUUAUAUGUGUGCGUGAAAAUAACUCCACACAAAGUUUUUACUAGGGAUAUGGCUCACUUAUACUGUAAAAUACCAGUGAGAAUGACUUUAGCAGCCCUUGGUGGUGAGAUUGAAGUACAGUCGAUUGAUGGUGCAAAAAUAAAAGUAAAGGUGCCGGAAGGUACUCAAACUGGUACUAAACUCCGCUGUAGAGAAAAGGGUAUGCCGUAUAUUAAUUCACAUGCCCGUGGCGAUUUAUAUAUACAAGUAAUAGUUGAAACCUUGCAUCCAAAAAACUUAACGAAAAAACAAAUUGAGCUGUUAAAAGCAUUGCAAGAAAGCGAAAAUUUGAAUCAGCAACCCGAAGGGUUUUUUAAUAAAGUAAAAAAAAAGUAUAGUAUGUUUUAG